AUGAUUGAAAUGGAAAGACAUGUCAAUCAAACAAAUGACCGGCUGCUUUGUAUCAAACAGCAUCUGUUGACACCAGGAGGGUUUCAAAAUGCAGCAAGAGAACUAUUGGAAUGGUGUUCUGAUCUUCGUGCAUUUCAACGACAGUUUGAAGAGAGUUUGAUGUCAUGUUUAACUAUUGUGAGCAAAGUUUCAGCCCAACCCGGUUAUGAUUUGGAUCUUGGUUACAGAUUGCUGGCAGUAUGUGCAUCUCACAAAGAAAUGUUCAGUAGCAAAGCUCAAGGCUCAUUGACAUCUUGGUGUGAGGAACUUGGUCGAUUGUUAUUGUUAAGGCAUCAGAAGAACCGACCAAGCGAUCUGGGGAAAGGUCCACCACCAGGAAUGCAUCCUCAGAUGCAAAAACCAAUGCCACCUGUUCAUCCAGGGUAA